AUGGCUUCAAAGACACAAAGCAAUGAACCAGAAACACAACUGGUAGAGGACGAAGCUCCAUUGGAAUUAAAAGACGGGUUAGGAACAAGUCUGAUACCCGAACAAGAUGUCUGUGUCGCAGACAAACAAGAGGACCAAUGGAGUGUAGGUAGUUUGGAGUCACAAGGACAACAAGCUCGACCUCGAACAAGAAAGGCUGUCUCGGCGAGCCUGGAGAACCUCAGAAAGAAGCGAAAUCGUGCAGGUGAGGCUGUGAAAGCCAGAAUUAGCCGUAUAGACCAAUUAUUGCUAGAACAAUGUACUGACAUAGUGAAAUUAACAGCCAGCAAGGAUGGCUCGAACAUGGAUAUGGAUAAUCUAAAACGCUUUCAUAACGAAAUAUCUGAUUUAUUAAUGCUUAAUUCGGAUAAUGAAUUUCCUAACGAAGACCAUGAAUAUUUUGAUCGUAUUUGUGAUAAUUACUUGGACUGUUGUGCAGAUGUUAAGACAAAAAUUAAUGAUUUAACACAAGAAAGAUUUGAAAUGCUGACACAGAGAUCUCACAAAUCUAGUACAAAGAGCUCUAUCUCUAAAUUAUCCAAAGUCUCUUCAAUAUCAUCGAGACAAGCUGCAGCAAAUGCCGCAGGACUUAAGCAAAGGAUGACUAGCCUGAUAAGGCAGCAAGAAUUGGAGAGAAAGAAAGAAGAAUUACAACUUCUUCAAAGAGAGUUGGAACGACAAGGAGAGCAAGAAAGGCUACAAGGUGAGAUUAAUGCUGUUGUAGCAAUACAUGAUACACUUGUAGAAGACACAAAGUUACCUAGCAACAAUUAUCCAAGUAUACCCCCACCUAUCCACGAUCACCCAAGUAUAUCCCCACCUAUCCACGAUCACCCAAGUAUACUCCCACCUAUCCACGAUCACCCAAGUAUAUCCCCACCUAUCCACGAUCACCCAAGUAUACCCCCACCUAUCCACAAUCACCAAAGUAUAUCCCCACCUAUCCACGAUCACCCAAGUAUACCCCACCUACCACGAUCACCCAAGUAUACCCCCACCUAACCACAUAAUUAUCAAGUAUAUCCCCACCUAUCCACGAUCACCCAAGUAUACCCCCACCCAACCACGAUCACCCAAGUAUAUCCCCACCUAUCCAUGAUCACCCAAGUAUAUCCACACAUAUCCACAAUCACCCAAGUACACCUCCACUUGGCAAAAAUUACUCAAGUACACCACUACCCUACACACCCUCAACCAAUCUCAACCAGCAAACCAAUCAAGAAUUGUUACCAAUCAAUCCAAAUACUAUACAGCCGAGUACUAAUUAUCAAGAUCCAAGGAUUGGUCAAACAAGUCAAGUUAAUACUAAUGAAAAUACAAACGUUGGUAGUGUUGCCACACAGUUAGACCCAAAAAUCCCUGCAUUUCAACCCACAUCUAUGUCCGCAUCUCAGCUAACCCGACCUGCCCCUCAUUCCACUAAUAUUAUGGAACAGAUUCAAAGAGACGGUGUAGAGAUUCAAAGACAGCAAAUAGAACUGAUGAAGAGAAUGUCACUUCCUGCCCCUAAACCACCAGUAUUUAGUGGGAACAUCAUUGAGUUCCCUAAAUGGGUCUCUGCAUUUGAUGCCUUAAUUGAAGAAGAAGCCACUAAUAUUAUGGAACAGAUUCAAAGAGACGGUGUAGAGAUUCAAAGACAGCAAAUAGAACUGAUGAAGAGAAUGUCACUUCCUGCCCCUAAACCACCAGUAUUUAGUGGGAACAUCAUUGAGUUCCCUAAAUGGGUCUCUGCAUUUGAUGCCUUAAUUGAAGAAGAAGCUGUGAAGCCAGGCCACAAACUGUAUUACCUCGGAGAAUACACUUCAGGAUCCGCGCAGAAGAUGAUAAACGG